CCAGCGAAGCCGCGGGGUGCGGGGGGGCCGGCGGCGCCGCCGCCAUGAAGCUGGAGGUGUUCUCGCAGCACUAUGAGGACAAGCUGAGCACCGGCAGCGACCAGGAAGGCAGCGGCUCGCUCUCCCCGGCUCCGGCGGAGAGCGAACUGGGCUCGGACGGUGACUGCGCGGCCAACAGCCCGGGCGGCGUGGCCGGGCGGCCGGGGCAUCCCCCGCCGCCGCCCCCCACGCCGCAGCCCCCGCCACCGCCGCCUGCCGAGAGCGCCAAGGGGAAACCCUACACGCGGCGCCCGAAACCGCCCUACUCCUACAUCGCGCUGAUAGCCAUGGCCAUCCGCGACUCGGCCGGCGGCCGCCUGACCCUGGCCGAGAUCAAUGACUACCUGAUGAGCCGCUUCCCCUUCUUCCGCGGCGCCUACACCGGCUGGCGCAACUCGGUGCGCCACAACCUCUCCCUCAACGACUGCUUCGUCAAGGUGCUGCGCGACCCGGCGCGGCCCUGGGGCAAGGACAACUACUGGAUGCUGAACCCCAGCAGCGAGUACACCUUCGCCGACGGCGUCUUCCGCCGCCGCCGCAAGCGCCUUAGCCGCGCCGCCCCGCCGCCGCAGCCCGCCCGCCCCGCCGCCGGCGUCCCGCCGCAAGCGCCGCAGGAGGCGGCCGGAGCGGGUUCCGCGUCCCCCGGCGCUUCCCCGCGGUGCUGCUGCGCCUCCUCGCCCUGUCACUGCGCGCCGGGCACCAAGGACGCAGCGGCGGGGGGCGGCGGGGCGAGGCAGGCGGGCGGCGGCGGCGCCGCCGCCAAGUUUUCCAGCUCCUUCGCCAUCGAGAGCCUCCUGCAGCGGCCGGCAGGACCCCGCGCCGCCCCGCAGCCGCCGCCGACCCCGCACGCCCGCCUCCUGUGGCCGGCGCCGCCCGCGCCCCCGCACCUGCUGCCCGGCCCCUACCCGCUGCUGCCCUACCCACCUGCCGCGCAGCCCCCGCCCGCCGCCGCCCUCUACGGCGGGGGGCUCCUGCAGCUCUGCGCCUACGGGCUGGGAGAGCCCUCGCCGCCGCCGCCGCCGCCGCUGCUGCUGGGGGGCGGGCGGCCCGCGCUGGCCCCGGGGGAGGCGUCGCCGCUGGCGGAGCGGCCGCGGGCGCCGCUGUUCCACGCCGGCCUCCCCAAGGGAGGGCGGGGGCCGCCGCCCGGCUCCCCGCUGUACGGGCCCCUCCAGCUGGCCGGGCCGCUGCCGCCGGCGGCGGGGGGCUCGGCCUCGUUCCAGCCGUACGCCGUGGAGACCCCAUUGGCUUAAUGGAGCCCCCCUCCUCCCCUGCGAGGGACCUGCCCGGGGAGGCGUGGAGGGGGAAAGGAGGAGGCUCUGGAUCCCGCACUUUAACUCCAGAGGCGACCGCAGCCUCCAAGCAAAAGCCUCGGUGACUGUGCCUUAGUGAAAUGACAGUGGGUUUAACUUAAGCCAAAAAAAAAAAAAAAAAAAAAAAAAGGAAAACAAAAAGAAAAAAAAUCAAGCAACUGUCGGUAUGGACAUAGCCAUGAGCCUCAAGUGCUUCUUACUGCUCGUUGAGACUACUUGACUUAAGCCAGUCCCUCGCCAUCUCCUUUCUAUGUCCCUCUCUUGUCCCCACAUCUCCUGCUACCGAGGCCUGGGGCAGCAGGGCGGGGGUGCCCCGCGGAGGGGCGCGGUGGCGGCCGCUGGGGGAUGCGCUGUGCGCUUGGGAGGGCGGGGAGGAGGGCGGGGGCGGGGAACAGCAGGGAGAGAGUAGGGGAGGGGGCCGGGGUCUGCUGUGGAGCCGUAGGUCUGUACUGCAAAGCAAUGCAUCACUGUGCCAAAAGAAACCUUUUCUCCUGUCCGGCAACUGGCAUUUCCUGGAAAGGGAGGAUAUUAAAUUAUUUAUAAAAGUAGUGUUUUUAACACAAAGAGAGUGCAGCUUUUUAAAUUAAUUAUUGGAGGGGGUGGGAGAGGGGAAAGGGCUCAAGGAAAUGUCAGGCACUGUCUCCUGUACUGGCUGGCGUUAUACGUUUAUGGCCAAGACCAUUGCUACUGGAAAGAGAAGAGUAAAUUUUUUCGUAUUUUAUUUUUGUGUUUGUGUGUAAUAUAUGUGCGUGUGCAUUUUAUUGACGCUCGGCCACCAUGUUUUCCUUUCUCCUUUCCCCCGAAUAAAAGCUGCCCCCUAAAUAAAGGCGGUAAUAAGGA